CUCUUCCUCCUCCCUCUCCUCUGUCGGCUGGUGGAAGCGUCAGACCUCCUCCUCCUCUUCGGUCCUCUCCUCUUCUCUCCUCUCCUCCCUCCAUCCCGCGGACGAGUGUAUACAGCCUCUCAAGUUGAGUCCAGACGCGCACACACAUGCGACACACGCGCAGCAAGAGGAGGACAGUCGGACAGGAGACACAGAGGGAGAAAUGAGUAGAGAGAGUUCGGACGGAGCAGCUCCCCGGCGAGCGGAAUUUGGAUUUUGUUUAACAUAUGAGCCUUAAUUGACAGAGUUUUCCAGGCUGUUUUUUGGUUCAAUGGUGCGCGUAAAGUUGACUUUUUAAUCCUACAUGGGAGUUCUUCGUCCACUCUGCUGGUCUUUGUGAACUUUAGAAGGAAGAAAAGUGUGAUAAAGGGAGAGACGGUGAGCUUUUGCUGUCCCGUUUGGAUAAAUAACGCGGAGGAGCGCACCGGUGGAAGAAGCUCACCACUGGGGACAAACGGGUUCAUCCCUCGGCUCUGGGUUGAAGGAAACACACUGCUGACUUUUUGGGGUGGAGGAUUAAAAGAGAAGCCAUCCUGCGCAGGAAUUUCCCAUCGGAUUUUUUCUGAUUAAUACUGUCCCCAGAAGGAUUUAUAGUUCCCUCCAAACCUCGUCUGAGCGGUGUCUUAGGUCAAGCGCAGCGGGAGUGCAGUUUGGUCAAUUUGAGAUUAUUUAUGGCACCAAUGCGGUAGUGAUCUUUUUUGGGGGGACGAAAAGAGAUUAAUAAGUAAAUACCCCCUUUUGCCAUUUUUUGAACAGUCCCGGAGAUUUUAACCGACUGUAGGGAUGGAGACAGUGUCGAGUCGGGGAGGCGCGCCGGUGGGCUGUUGCCUCUGGAGGACGGUGCUUCUUCUUCUCCUGUGGAAAGUGUUUGACAUUCAAGCAGGGUCAGCAGGAGUUGGACCAGGAGGAGGGCCGGACUUCUCCCAACCACGUUUCUCCUCCUCCCUCCCGACCUACCUGCCGGUCCAAUGCCAGCUAAGUGGCGCUGACUCUGCGUUCUUCUUGCGGGAAGCCAAUCAGGAGGUUAUGAGAAACGGCAGCCUAUCACAGCGGACCGAGCCCUUCUUCCUCCACCAGCUGGAAGCGGGCGUCGCAGCCACACAAUCCCUGCCCAGUGUCAACUGCAGCUAUGGAAACAUGAGCAUCGAGCAGCCAAUCCCAGUGGAGCUACUGCAAGGGUCGCCACCGCACCUGCUGCCAACAACCAACCAUGUGACUCUGAACUGGAAGGUCAAAGGUCAGGUGGUGAUGCCCAAAGUGGGGUCAACACGGCCCUGGAUACAGGUACUCUUUCACCUAGUGGGGAGGCGUUGGGACGAGCCUGACCCGCCUCCCCCGGCCCUCCUCCCAUGUGUCAGAGUCUUGGCCAUACGUGACACCAGUGAAGCAGCACCCUCGGCGGGCUGCCGCCUCAUGGGACCAUCUGGCAUCUGUGUGGUCCGUCUGGAGCUUCCCCCGGCUUGGUUUACACCCCCACAAGUGAGAAAAAGACCUCCUGAAGUGACUCUGCCUUCAGUGGAUGUGUAUUACUCAAUCAUACCAAUGGACGGGGCUGGUCAGGAGUGUCCCUCCAUAGUCAAUGAGCAGUGGAAAGGUCAGAGUGCAAACGUCAGCCCUCUGGAAAGACUGGGAUUGGGCCUUGGGGGACAGUGGAGCCCUCCAGUGGACGGAGGGCUUCAGGACAUGAUGAAAGCUGGUUCUGUGGGAUUGACGAUAGGCCCAGUUUCAGCAAAAGGAGAAAAACUGAGACUGGAUGAGAAUGUGGAGGUUCUGGUGCCACCCAGUCCGGUUCGACUUGGCAAGACAGUUGCGUUUGGCGUCUACAUGAGGACGGAUUCAAACACUGAACAGUUUACACUGAGGGUGUGGUUCCAGUCAGGCAUCAACUUCCUUGCGGUGAAACCAAGCAACCUGGUGGCGUGGGAGAUCAAACAGGAAAUGGCACCGGGUAGCAGUUCGUUGGCGGUGAUGUGUCAGAGAAAGGCGUACUCUACGGCAGAGAGAUUGGAAAGUCCGUCAUACGAAGUGAUGCAGCUGGAAUUUGAGGUGGAUAACGUCAUCAACCUGGUGCCAACCCAGACUCUACACUGGAACAUCGAAUACCAGACUGGCUCACAGACAACCUCCAGGCAAACAGAGAAAGUCUCGCACCUCUACAUCAGCAAUGCCGACAUACAGGGCAUCGUACCACUGGCUGAGGACACAGAGGUAGUGAACACCGCCAUACUUACAGGUCGGCGUGUUGCAAUGCCAAUCAAACUGGUUACCGUGGAAACUGACGGGCAGGUGAGGGAGGUGGACGACCCUGUCACCUGCACCUCGACAGAUGUGGACGUGGUCAAGGUUUCCCCAAACUGCGACCAGGUUUUAGUGAAUGGUAAAGAAAUGCGUGGUCGCCAGUCCCUGGCGGUAAACUUCACCUACCUGCACCUCUCUGCUCAGCUGCUGCUCACUGUCUGGGUGCCAAAGCUUCCUCUGCAGAUAGACGUGUCAGAUACAGAACUGAGCCAGGUCAAAGGCUGGAGGGUUCCCAUCAUCACUAACAAGAGACCUACGAGAGACAGUGAAGAUGAUGAAGACGAUGAGAGGAAGGGAAAAGGUUGCACCCUACAGUACCAGUAUGCCUUGGUGCGAGUCCUCACUCAUUUUGUCGCAGAGCCCUCUGACCCAGGAGGAGAGAUGGUCUACAUGUUAGGAGCAGACUGGCAGGCAGAUAUCACUCAUUUGGUGUUGGAUCAACUUAAGGUGGAAGAUCCUCGUAUUGCACGACUGAUAGACGGUCGAAUCUUGAUCGGACGUGACCUAGGGAUCACCACUAUACAGGUUCUGUCCCCGCUGUCUGAUUCUAUCCUAGCAGAGAAGACUGUGACAGUGUUGGAUGACAAGGUCACCAUCGCAGAUAUGGGAGUGCAGCUGGUUGCUUCUCUGUCCCUCAGUAUGACACCCAGUCCUGGAAACAAUCAGGCUAUACAGCUAACCACUACAGCUACAGACCUGCUACACACACCGAAACAGGAGGCUGCGAUCAGUGCAUGGAUACAGUACAGUGACGGUUCAGUGACUCCACUUGAUGUGUACGAUCCCAAGGACUUUCUACUCUCAGCUGUGUCAUUGGAUGAAAAUGUUAUCUCCAUCAACAACCAGGAACAACACUGGCCUAUUGUCGUGGCAGAGAGUGACGGACAGGGAGCUCUGGUUCGUGUUGAGAUGGUCAUCUCUGAGACCUGUCAGAAAUCCAAAAGGAAGAGUGUUCUGGCAUCUGGAAUCGGUAAUGUGCUAGUGAAGUUUGGAGCGAAGAGUGAUGACAGGGGUGUGAUGGGAAGAGGUGGACCAGACUAUGAAGGCGGAAUGGACAACAGCACCAAUGACUUACGAACAAAGGAUGGAGGAGAGUGGAAGUCCAACAGUGCAGCUGUAGACAGAGAGGAAGGAGCCAUGAGGAAGGUAAGCACAACAACCAAGAGCACAGUUACCCACCGGACUUCGGGUGGUAAAGCUAACAGUGGAGGCAGCAGCAGCAGCAGGGGCAGUGGCCCGAACCAAGCAGGAGACUACAGCAGCUACCCUGCACAGGUGGAGGUACCAGGCACUGGGGAAAGUGAGCUGACCCAGACCACCAGAGGACUAACCGACCUGGAGAUCGGGAUGUAUGCCCUGUUGGGCGUUUUCUGUCUGGCUAUACUGGUCUUCCUCAUCAACUGUGUCAGCUUUGCUUUCAGAUACCGUCACAAGCAGGUCCCUGUGUUGGAGGCAGGAGGUAACAUGAACCACGCCCAUGACUGGGUGUGGCUUGGCAACGAGGCUGACCUUCUAGCAGACCAUUCUGACCAAUGCCAAGGCGGACUGCCUGAUGAGUGCACCACCAUAAUUGACCGGAACGACGGUGGAUACGAAGAGAACAAGUAUCUGCUGAAUGGGGCUGGUAACACGUUGAUGAUGGGUACAGGAAUGGGCACCAUAAGUGGGGGUGGAGGUACAGGUGGACACCGUGGCAUCACACAUGGACAAACCUUGCCCAGAUCUGUCCAAGAACCGCAUCAGUGCCUUUCAGCAAUCACUUCUGGUGGCAAAAACGCCACUGGUCAAGCAGAGCACCUGAAUAAUUCCCCCCGAGCAAAGGCUGCAGCUGCGGUUGCAGCCGCCAAACGCAAACGUGUCCAGUUCACGUCUUUCGCCACAGUUUUGCCCAAUGAUAAUUUGGGUGGGGGUGGCCCGUACACCAACUCUUCAGUCCUCGUGACCAAUGGGAGCGAAGAUGACAUCAAGUGGGUGUGCCAGGAUAUGGACCUAGGUCAGUCUGAAAUCAGAACCUACAUGGAGAGGCUACAAGACAAUCUGUAACUGAUGGAAAAGAGACUGAGAAAUGGAGGGGCAGAGGAUAAGGGCAGGAGGGGAUGGACGGACAAUGAGUACAAUUCACCUGUAAUGCCUUUGCAAUGGAUGAAGGGAGGGAGAAUGAGAGGAAUACCAGGACAGUGAAUGGAACACAAAGUGUGGCAGAGAUUUUAAAAGAGUUUGAGCAGGUAGUGCUAGGGAUGCUUAAGUUUAGCUCCCUUUUAGCUCCGGAAGCAUACUGUCAUUACUAGCUCACACAGAAAUCAAUGGUAGCAAACAAUAAAAACUAUUUGACUUUAUUUUGUAUUAUUUAAUGUGAAAAUAUUAUUGUAAAAAACAAUUAAGUUACUUGGUUAUGAAUGUUUAAUUCAAACUAUUGGUGAACAAUUUUGCAAUACAGUAAAUUCAGGGUGUGUUAUUUGGAGACACAUUAUUUAGCCACUGUUCAUUUAAAUGAGGAUGCCAAGAACAUCAUUUGAGAUAUAUUUUGCUCAUGUCUUACUAUAUUGCCAUUACAAUUGUGGCUAUUUAUUGAUCAUUGAUAGCGCUACGUACUUUUAAUAUAUAAAUCUGUCAUUUAUAGGUGAAGUCUUCUGACGGUUUAUAAUGAAGUUGAUUGUUUUUGUUCGAUCAUGUGACCCAUUAGUCUUUGGCACUGUUCAUAAGUAAAAUGUAAAAAAAUCUACGUACUCAACUAUAAAUUCAGGCACUAUUGGGAUUUUGCCAUUCAUCACUGAUUAUUUGCAAUCUUGAUCUUUCCUCGUAUGUCAGAAUGUGAGAAGAAUUGGAAGUAAAUACGUCGUAAAAAAAGACUUUUCUCCCUUGGAUCCAGGACAGAGGCAUUUAAACUUGCACAAUUACCAACAGGAAAGGACAUUGGCCAUACCUGCUGUUUCCUGAUACCUUCCAGCCAAUGAUGGCUCUCUCUCUGUUUCAGAACCAAUCCCGUCAUCCCCUGGCCCCUCUUCUCAACUGUGAUUGGAUGGCAGUAGGAACUUUUGAACUAAAGUACACAGUGAAAAACUGUGAGUUACUGACUGUAGACUAAAAAGCAGGACGGACUGAGGUGUCUCAUAUUAAAGGAGACUGCUUGGGCUUUGCAAAGUCCAACUGAACACUUAAUAGUGAGCAUAAUUAAAACAGAAACUACAUAGGAAGCAAGAAUGUCCAGAGAAUCUACAUGGAGCAAACAGGAUAUAAUGAAUGACAUCAAAAUACAUCGAAAAUGGAGUGACACUCUUGAUUAUCUCUUGACUAGAUAUUGGUUUAUGAGACAUGUUUUUUUUUUCCAUGCUGAACAUAAUUGUAUAUUUUGUUAUCCUUUGGUUUGUCCUUUUUGAUAAAUAGAAUGUUUUAUCCUUUUCCUAAUUACGUUUUUUCCUAAUUUGGAAAGAUAUUAAUGGUAGCUUAUUAUUUCAGAGAUUUAUAAAAUUUUAAGGAUAUAUGAUUAUUUUUGUUUAUCCUAGUGUUCUAUUUAUUUAAGUUAACAUUACAGGGGGUGAGGAAGGAAAGAAGGGCCAAGGGCAGAAAGAGAAUAAUGAACCUACUGGGAAAUGAUAGCACAUGUGAGUACUAGUAAAAGCAAGGAGACAGAACAGGCAGAGGUUGCCUCACCUUCGUUAAGCUCAGGUGACGAGUCAAGAAGAACCGACAAUAACUACGGAGAACUGUAAGAUUGUUAAGAUUGCAAUAUUUAUUUAUAAAUGUGUUACUGUUUCAGAGUACACUGUAUGUUGUAGAUAAAUAAACAUGCUUCAAAGUG